GAUUUUAAACUUCAGAAGCGGCAGACAAGCAGCUAGCAGUAAUUUAUGAUACAUACAAAAUAAGAAAAACAAACAACGGAUAAUUAAUCGGAAUCUGCUGUCAUAUCAUUUUUGUGAAAAUGCUUCGGUUUAUUUGUUCUCAGUGUUGUCUUUACUCGCUAAUGUUGCAUCUGGAGCUGGUGCAGAUGGAGAGUCAGUGUCAGUGAUGGAGGGAGAUUCAGUCACACUAUACACUGGUGUUACAACAACCCAACAAGAAGAUAUAAAAUACUAUUUUAAUAACACUCGCAUCGCUCAAAUCACUGGAGAUCUCAGUUUUAUCUGUACUGAUGUUGGGUGUAAUGAAGACACUGAGAGAUUCAGAGACAGACUAAAGCUGGAUCAUCAGACUGGAUCUCUGACCAUCAUGAACAUCACAAACACAGACUCUGGAGAUUAUGAGCUAAAGAUCAUCAGCAUCAGAAGAAGCAGUGAAAAGAGCUUCAGUGUUACUUUUCACGAUGUUUCUGCUGCUGAACGAGAUGAAAUGAAGAGAAAGUCAGUGAAGGAGGGAGAAUCUGUCAAAUUAGAUCCUGUUGUAGUAAAAAACCCAAAUGAUUUGAUGAAGUGGUAUUUUAAUGACAGUUCCAUUGCUGUUGUUAAUGGAGAUCAGAGUGAGAUCUGUACAGAUGAUCAGAGGGAUGAGAGACUGAAGCUGGAUCAUCAGACUGGAUCUCUGACCAUCAUGAACACCAGAACCACAGACUCUGGAGAAUAUAAACUACAGAUCAGGAGCAGCAGAUUCAGCAUCAUAAAGAGCUUUAGUGUUUAUGUCACUGAUUCAGGUCUGUCUUCAGCUGCUGUAGCAGGAAUAUGUGCAGCUGCUACUGUUUGUGUCCUGCUGCUGAUAUCUCUUUAUUUACUGCCCUGUCCAGUAAGAAGAAAGAAAGAGUAUCCAGUCUAGCAACGGUAAGUCUGAUUUUGUUUUAAUCCUUUUCUGCGAAACUGGUUCUUUCAGACAGUUAUGUAACCUUGUUAAAAAAUGAUUCACCAGUUCAUUUACGUCAAUAUAAGGAAUGUAGCAAUCAUGUUUUUUUCACUCCAGAUUUGGGUCAUUUACCGUCCUGAUCUUGAAUGGGCAUGUAUUUAUAAUGAAUCCGAUGUACAGUGCAAUGCAUAUACACUGUAAAGGCAAAAACUAACUGUAAUCUGAUGAGCAUUAUAAAAUGUAAUAUACUCUAAUUACGAGUGCUUGAUUUUUGGAAACUGAUUACGUAAUUUAGAUUACAUGUAAUCAGUUACUACCCAGCUCUGAUUACACAUACAGCUGAAUUAACAAGAUGGAAAUU